UAAAAAACCCAAUUGUUUAUUAAAGUGUGUGUGUGUGCAUGAGAAUUUGUAUGUGUUUGUGCAUGGUGUGUGUGAGAGAAUGCGUGUGUGUGUGUGUGUGUGUGCGUGAUGUGUGUGAGAGAAUGUGUAUGUGUGUGUUUAUGGUGUGUAUGUGUGUGCAUGUGUGUGGUGUGUGUGUGUGUUUAGGCCAGUGGAGCAAGUUCUCUUCACGGGGGUCCUGAGGUUUGAAUUCAGAUCAGACUGGGUGGCAAGCACCCUUACCCACUGAGCCAUCUGGCUAGCCUCAUCUCGAUUCUGAGUCUAUGACCUUAUUUGUGUAAAGCAUUUGACUUGUAUCACAAUGUAGCUUUGAUUGCCUGUCUUCUUCCGGCCAGCACAUUUCCAUUGUCAGGCAAAGCUCGAAUGAAUGUGUGGAGCUUUAACCCAGCGGAGGGAAAGCAGAGCUUGCUCUGUGGCAAUCCAGACAACAUUAAAUUGAGCCUCAAACGGGAGAGUUUUGCUUGCUUGCUUUUGCACCCAUCUAGGCUAGUCUGUUUCUAAUUUGUAGUUUGUUUUUCUUCUCUUCUUCUCCUUUGGUCGUACUUUUCACAAGAGCAGUUGUUUCCUCCGUGAAUCCUGGGAAGUGAUAUUCACUGUUGGGCUUUCUUUAUGCCUGUGAUGUCUCAUCCUCUAUUAAGUACACCUAUUUCCAGACAAUGAUGGUUCUUUUUUCUAAAAGUAACUUUUGGCUAGUGGAAUCACACCUGUAAUUUCAGCAAUUGGGAAGCUGUGGCAGGAUGAUUCCUAUGAGUUCAAGGCCAGCACAGGUUAAUGAGCAAAAUCACGUCUCAAAAUAAAGCAAACACCCCAGAGCCGUCCCUUCCUGGGACGCAUGUCGGUAAUCUCAGCAGCUGAGAGGCAGGAGGAUCUCCAAGAGUUCCAGGACAACCAAGCUUAUAUAGUAAGGGCGUAGCAGAGAACAAACAACAAUAUCUUAUGUUUUGGUUUGGUCUGAGAGUAUAGACUUGGUUACUCUAAAACUGGCUAUGUAGCCCAGGCCGGCCUGGAACUCGUGGCAACCUUCCUGCUUCUGCCUCAGACUUCUUUCCAUAAAUAUUAGGGAGAAAAUUAUGCCCCUAGGGACAUUCAUGAAGGAGGACUGCAAAUUCAAGGUCUGAAUUGUCUUGUCUCGAAUAACGAGAUGGGGAGGAAGGGAGAAGGGCUUGUAGAUCUAGAAGAGAUUAUGCAAGUCAGCCAAGAACUUGCAACAUUAAUAUCCUUUUCCAAAGAUGUAAAUCGGCAGCAGGCACCGCGAAGGCCACUAGGAUGAACAGAGCCUCUCCCUCUAAAGGUCUCCGAGAGACGUUCCUCUGGACGUCUACAGCCAUCUGCCGUUGACACGCCCACGACGUCCCCUCUGCGCCUACGUAUCAGGUCCUGUGACCACGGACUCGCCAAGUAGUUUGUGCCAAGCGACCUCGCUCCCCCAGCCAUCUCCGCAGCUCCUCAGACAAGCACCCAGCGCCCUUUCUUUCUCGCCAGAGGUGUCAAAGAAACUACAUCUCCCGACAGGCAGCGUUACCCCUUCCUUCCUCGCUCUCCCGAUCCCGAUCCCUGGCAACCGCGUGACGUGAGGGGACCGGGAGCUGCGGUCACCGCUUCAGUGACAGCCUACCCGGCGCGCGGGCCGGAGCAGGGCGAAGGCAGCCGGAGCCCGCGCCGCCCUUCCUGCCCGGCCUCCCCUGCAGCUCGCCGCCGCCCGGAGUGCCAGGCAGGGGCGCGCGCAUGGCCUCUGCGGGCGCGCGGAGGCUCCCGGCCCCGACGCGCGCGGCCGCCCGGAGCUGCGGCGGCUUCUCGCUCUGCCCGGGCGCGCGCUCCGUCCCAACCCCGCCCCCGGGCCCUCCGCGGCCGCCGCGGCCAAUGAGGUUUCUGAUUUCCUGUAACCUUUUCUUGCCUCGCGCUGCCCAAGUCUUGGCGAUAGAGGCUGGCCUACCUCCUAGUCGUUCCUUCAUGGGCUUUGCUGCCCCCUUCACCAACAAGCGAAAGGCUUACUCGGAGCGUAGGAUCAUGGGGUACUCAAUGCAGGAGAUGUUUGAGGUGGUGUCCAAUGUCCAGGAGUACCGAGAGUUUGUGCCGUGGUGUAAGAAGUCACUGGUAGUAUCCAGCCGUAAGGGUCACCUGAAAGCCCAGCUGGAGGUUGGGUUUCCACCUGUCUUGGAACGUUAUACCUCUGCAGUCUCCAUGGUCAAACCACACAUGGUCAAGGCUGUUUGCACUGAUGGCAAGCUCUUCAACCACUUAGAGACUAUUUGGCGAUUCAGCCCUGGUAUUCCCGCUUACCCUCGAACCUGCACUGUGGACUUCUCUAUUUCCUUUGAAUUUCGUUCUCUGCUCCACUCCCAGCUGGCAACCAUGUUUUUUGAUGAGGUUGUAAAACAGAACGUUGCUGCCUUUGAGCGUCGGGCGGCAACCAAGUUUGGCCCAGAAACAGCCAUCCCCCGUGAACUGAUGUUCCAUGAAGUGCACCAAACUUGAGACAAGGGAUUGCUCCUUUGCCUCUAACCCCUCUUCCCACUCAAUUUUAUUUAUUUGGUUUGGCUCUUGCUCUGAGAGAGGUCUAAGUUUCACCUUUCAAUUCUUCCUAAACUGGGCUGCAUGCUGUCUGGACACAGAGACAGAUACACAGGAAAGGGUCAGGCACACUCUGAAAGCCUCACAUGCCCACAGCAGGUGCACACCUAAUAAAAGCCAGGGCUGUAGCUGUCUCUGGGCCAGGUCAAGAAACUACUCAGUCAAGGAAUAUAGUAGUAACUUCCUCACACAGAGACACUGGCUGGCAAGUAGCUUUUACCCUGCUAAGAUUUCUCAGGAGAAAAGGCAACCUGCCUCAGUUUAGGAACAUGACCAUGCUGUCUGAGAGGUAGAGAGUGAGGAGCUGCUUUACCACAGAGCCACGGAGCAAAGGAGGAGCAAUCACUCAACAGUGUUGUUCAUACUGUUGGGAUGCACCUUUUCUUCUUCCAUGUGGCUUGAGUUUUUAUAAAACUUCAAUAAAUGGUGACAGUGUGAA